GCUGAAUGCGAACUUGUGUAUUGGAACAGUACUUGGGCCGCGCUAGAUGACGUUUCACAAGUUCAGGAGGACACAAAAACACACACAUCACUGUGCUGCAGUGGGAGACGUGGUGAUGACGUCAGAGAGUGGCGCAGGAAAAUGGGGUGCGUGAGGGAGAGGAAGGUGCGUCAAGACACCGAGACCGCAAAGGCAAUGAAACGAUAUGAUGACAGACAGUCUCAGCCGGAUUGUUGGUAGGCAGCCUGAUCAGACAGCAUGGGGCUAAAGAUCAGCAAGGGACAACAGAGCCACAGGCUGGUGAUCUUCGCAGCCAUCUUUGUCCUAAUGACACUCCUCAUCCUGUACGGCUCCAACAAUGUCGACACUGUAUAUGCUCCCUUUCAUGUGGCUACAAAUUAUGCCAUCAAAGCUACGGAUCUGAAAAAAUGGUCUGGGAAAGACGGUUAUGUGCCAUUUCAUGGGAACAAGAGUAUGAACCUACACUGUCACAACUGUGCGCUGGUGACGAGCUCCAGCCACGUCCUGGGUAGUCGAGCAGGAGAAGAGAUCGACCGUACGGAGUGCGUGAUUCGCAUGAAUGACGCGCCCACGUUGGGGUACGAGGCUGACGUGGGGAACCAGACUUCUCUGAGGGUCGUAGCCCACUCCAGUGUGUUCAGGGUGGUUCGGAAGCCUAUUGAGUUCCUGCAGAGGCCAGACAGCAACCCUGUGAUCAUCUUCUGGGGACCCCCAAGCAAGAUCAGCAAGGAGGCCAAAGGAACACUGUACAGGUUGAUCCAGACAGUCAGCGUGACCUACAGCAACCUGUCCUGUUUCAGUAUCACAGCCAACAAGAUGCGCAGAUUUGACAAUCUGUUUCACAGGGAGACCGGACGAGAUAGACAAAAAUCUCACUCGUGGUUGAGCACAGGCUGGUUCACCAUGGUCAUAGCCAUUGAGAUAUGUGAUAAUAUCAAGGUAUAUGGGAUGGUGCCACCAUAUCACUGUGGGAAAUCCAAACUUGGCUCCAAGAAGAUGCCCUACCACUACUACAAACCGAGGGGGCCUGAUGAAUGUCUAACAUACCUACAGAAUGAGGGCGGCCGAAGAGGAAACCACCAUCGCUUCAUCACAGAGAAACAAGUGUUUGCACGCUGGGCAAAGCAGUACAACAUCACCUUCACUCAUCCCAAAUGGUUUUAGCCUUUUUGGAAAAACCACAGGGAGAUCCAUCAGCACUGACAGAGGCCCGAAUGAACACAAUGCACUGAUUUCCCCGAAAUGAGCUUUCAAAAAGACAAACAAUGAAUACCAGCUUAUUUCAAGAAUAGCCACAAGGAUGAAAAAAGGUUUUGGACAAAACUAUUAUUUGACCAACUGACUGAGGAGAAGAGUGCAGGAUCUCAGUUUGGUGAUGAAUUACUAUAUUGUGUAUAUUCCACAUGGACUUGUGGUGGCCACUAGACAGGUGUUUUUUUUUCGUAAAUAGAAAAGAAAAUGAAUUUAAAAAAUAUUUUUUACAUGUUUAUAGUAUUUUUGUUAGUAUGUUUUGAAAAUGUGUUGUGUUUCUCAUGUGAAGGGGGAAUUAUAUCAGCAGACAUUCUGAUUAGAUAUGACCAUAUUUUUGUUAUUUAGCUUUAAUAAUACUAACAUUUCAACACAUAUUUUUUGAAGAAAACUACAAAAUAUUUUUUAAUUGGGAUGAAUCUGAUAUUUACACAUGACUACCAACCUACAAUACUUGGUGCUACAGAUACCUUUUGUUGAUUCAACAGUGACAAAAAAUUACACAAACAUGUGUAUCAGUUAUUCUUGUCUGUAAUAAUUACACAAUCAGAUUGCUGAAAUGUUGUGGCACCACAUUUAUUCUUUAGACACUGAUGACAUAAAAUACAGACUUAAAAUAUCUAAGAAGCAUAACCUAAAUUUUAUGUUUUUUUUAAAUUAGACUAUAAACAUAAACAUUUUGCCUUAUGAUCUUAACUUUUUUUAAAUUUUUUAACCUCAGUGGCAUUCCAGUGCAUGCAGCUUAUGUUUUAAAUAGUCCACAGAAUGCUUUAUGGUCCUGUUAUGUAUCAGUAUGUUGCUCUUAGGACUGCACGAUUCAAUUAAAAGUGAAAUUGUAAUCGAAAACUAUACUGAAGCAGAGAAGGGUGCCAUUUCUUAAACUGUGUUGCCGUUUGCAAAUGAUUCAUCUGUGAACGUGUUGUCAGUAUAUUCAUCUUUAGGA